CCGGCGGCGCCCGGCGGGCCCGGGCCGUGGCGGCGUGAGGGGAGCGCGGAGCUGCCGCCGGCCCCGCCGCCAUGGAGGCUGCGGGCCUCACGCUGAAGCUGCUGCUGAUCGGGGACAGCGCUGUGGGGAAGUCCAGCCUCCUGCUGAGCUUCACAGACGGCGCGUUUGAGCCGUGCCUGAAGCCCACCGUCGGUGUUGAUUUUAGAGCGAAGAAGAUGGUGGUGGACGGCCACGUGGUGCAGCUGGCGAUAUGGGACACGGCAGGACAGGAGCGCUUUAGAACACUGACCCCCAGUUAUUACCGAGGAGCUCAAGGGGUUGUUUUAGUGUACGAUGUUACAAGGAAAGACACUUUCACAGGACUCGAGGGCUGGCUGAAUGAGCUGGAAAUGUAUGCCACGAAAAGCAACGCUGUCAAGAUGUUAGUUGGCAAUAAAACUGAUAAGCCUGAUCGUGAAGUGGAGAGAAGAGAAGGACUCCAGUUCGCUAGGAAACGCUCGUUGCUUUUUAUAGAGACCAGUGCCAAGACACAGGACGGAGUGCAACAUGCCUUUGAGGAGCUAGUCAUAAAGAUCCUGCAGACACCAGGUCUUUGGGAUAAGAGAGCAGAGAAGCGAGGAGUCCGGCUGAUGGAAGCUUCGGCGCAGCAGGAUAAAAGCUCCUGUGGUGCAUACUGUCCGCUUGCUUAAACCCACAGGUGGCUGUUCUGUCUGAAUGGAGUGCGUGCUUUUUUUAAAGAAAAAAAAAAAAAAAAAAAAGAAGGGGAGGUCCAAACACCAGUCUGUGCCUUGUUUGACCCACCGCCAGUCGUGUCGAUCCAAACCCCUAACUGUUUAGCAAAAUGUAAUUUUGGUUCAUUAACAAAAUACAAUUUCUCUGCUCGUGCACAGCUGCUAUCUCCCGAUGUUUUUCUGGUAACCGCCAGAUUAUGCAGUAUUAAAUCAUAGUGCUUUCCUAAAGUAUUGUGCUUUUGGUGUAAGGCGUUCAGCAUGGACUUUUUCUGCAAUUCCUGCCUUAGAAUAAAAUAAGGUAUUACUCCAUUUUGGAAUAUUACAGAAAAUCUCUUCCCCAGAAUGGCAGGGGAGUCUUUGGGGCGGCUAAACUGUAGAGAACAGUCAGGAGUCACCCUGAGCAGUCACAUUGUUUCCCUAUUUCAGAUGGUUUUAAGCUGUCAAAAUUGCUGCGGGUUGCCAAAUAAUAGGUGGAGAUGCCACUUCAAUUUUUAGACAUUCCGCAGAAAAGCCCCCGCUGCGUCUGCAGGACACCAUGGGUUACCCUCGCUGCUCUCCAGUACUUUGUACCAAAGAUCAGUGGGGAAAUGGGAAUCGUUUGGGGCUGCUUUACGUCGUGGGUCCUCUUUACAGUUCCCAGGGCUCUCUGCAAACCCAUGCUCCUGCCUUCAGUCAGCAACUGCAGGGCGAAAACUAAGAUUAACAUAGAAUAUGCUGGUGUUUCCAAUAACAGUCUGUCUGUUGCCAAUCCCAUGAUGAAGUUCUGUCGGAUAAAUGUUUUUUUUAUUAUUUUUUUUUUAUUAUCUCCACCUCUCCCUCGUUACACGCGCUGCCUUUUCUUGAAAACAAACCGAGUCGUGGAAGGUGUUAGCCAUCUGAUCCGAUCGCAGUGGCAGUGCCUCUAGAAGAUCGCCUGCGAUGCUGCGAAAGUGUCCAGUUUGGGGACAAUAUUAAAAGCAUUUAAAAUGUAAACAAGUGGUAAAUUCAAAGACACUUUCAUACAGGACACUGUCAAGUCGGAACAGAAAAAUUUGCCCUUUUUUUUAAGAUGAUCCUUUGUUUUUUGAUGGCUUUUUGAUGAGUGAUUGCUCUCCAGUUAAUUUAUGUUCAUGGGAGUGCCAUUCCUGAGUACCAGCAGUGAUAUAUCACGAGUGCUACCACAACACAAGCUGAGGACAAGGUGUAUCAACUUCAACCUCACUCCGCAGCUAAAGUGGUCCCCUGUGAAGUUGCUCUUUGUGGAGCCGUUUUCCAAAAGCGUGCCUGUAUCAUUGUUGCUAAAGUGAGUAGAAAUAGCUGUUACAGGUUUCUGCAUCACCUUGAAGCAGAUGGAAGCGGCUGCAUAGUUGGAAGAUCGCUCCUGUGUGUUUCCCUCUGCUGAAAUAAGUCUGGGGGAGAUGUCAGAUCUCACAGGAGGUUUUUCAUGUCUUUAGCAGUGGAAACAUCUGCUUACAGGCAGCCGAAGGACUGCUGCUUAUGCUUUCCCCUUGGUUUCAGUCUAGAUGAUGUCCCUCUGGAAUAUUUAUUCCUAUCAGCUUAUGUGAGAGAGUAGAAGAGGAGUAGUUUCUGUCGGGGUGCCCGACAGCAGCAGGAUAGGCACACGGUAAACAGAUCACAGGUGGCGUGGUUUGUUUGAACUACUGUCCAUCGGAAAAACGCGAACCUGUCAACUUGGGAUUGUCUGGAAUCCCCAAGUACAACUGUGAAUGGAGGCUGGACCCAAGAAAAGACUUGGAAGCCAAGUUCAGAGGAUGGGAGGCUGUGACAACUGUAACAAAGCCCUAAAACCAGGUGGGAAGGCCAGGAAGGAGACAUCACAGGAUGGAUGGCUUGUGAUCAUCAGGUCAUGCAGUGGUCCUGGUGCAUUCUCCGCUGUCUGUGGUUUGUUUGGGUUUUUUUAUGGCGACGGGCAUGACUUUUGUACAAGGACCCUGUCACCAAGGUAGUAGCUUCAUCCCAACACUUCCUGGGAAGGGACUGGAGAGGUGGCCAUUCUGUUGCUGUUCUGUUGAAUGUGGACAACACUGCUUUGCCGAUCUGUGCUGCCUUUACAAGGUCUUUAUUUUUAAGACUGGCCUAUUUUUUUAUACAUAACUAAACAGCUGGCAGCCUUUUAGAAAGUAACACCAUCUUCCUUUGCGUCACGCUUCAGUUUGCUGCACGUGCAAUCCUACUGCAUGAAUGCUUCCUCUGUUGUAGUUGAGGAAAAAAAAAACAGAAUCAAAAUCCACCUUGAUUAAUUUGCAAAUUUUUGUAGUUGUUGUUCAUCGUUCAUCAAAAAGCCAUCAACAACAAUUUUCGAAUGAAGCGGGCUAAAUGAAUCAGUCUUUCGUUCAGUUUUGGAUAUAGUCAGGUCUGAAAGGAGCAAUGUAAAUACACACUCAUUCUUACUAGAAACUACAAGAAAUGUGUCUACAGUUCCAGAUUUGCAAAAUGAAAUGUAAAAUUGUAAAAAUGUUUAGGUUUGAGUGAACUCUUCCUCUUAUGGAAUGCUUAUAUGCAGUGAAAAAGGUAUCUGGUUGCCUAACUUUGCCUUUCUAACCUGAAAUAUCAAGGAAAAUAAACUGUAUGACAAAUUUGACUGGCGGCGUCACUGGAAAUUAUCAUAGAUACUGGUGCUGCGUCAUCAGAAGCUGGUCUGUGACAUGGUGAAAGUCCCGUGAACAUGCACAAAUAGCUCUGGCAGGGAUGGGCACUGGGCAGUAUUUAGCCUAUGCUGUCACAACUGCAAGUUGUGAGCAAAGAGCUGUUGAAGAUUGAGAAAAUUUUAGAAAAAUCGAGGUGGUGGUGACUAUUUACUUCGCAAGAACAAGUUAGAACUUGGUCCCUGUUUCCAAAACUAUCGCACCCCCACGCUUAAGUCAAGAAUUUGGGGUUGGGUUAUUUUUAACACCAAGAUGGUAUCUUUAUUUAAACUAUAAACUGAAGACAAGAGGAAUGGGAGCUGCUGUCGGCGUGAAGCAGGUUUAAAGGUUCUGUUGGGAAAUUCUAGUCCUUAUUGCUGUUGGGUUUAAACUGCAGCGAGUUCAUAGCUCAGUAAACGGACUUGUUGAAUUACUGUAUUUUGAAAUUAAUUUGACUUCCCACGAAGCUUGAGCUAGAAUAGAUGAAGGAAGGUUUUGAGCCAGGUUUGUGCUUUUGGAAAGAGAAAAACCCUUGAACAACAUUGCAGUUCAGUUACUGUGAGUCAAGGUGCACAAUAUGCCUGGUGUGGUGUGUAAAUGGGAAAAAAAUGACCGAGCAGCAGUUCGGUGGGUCUGACACAAAAAGCAAAAGCUCUUUCAGGGUUUGCUGGGGGAUACUGGCAGAAGAAAAGCUGGGCAAAGGGAUUUGAGGCUGAAUAAUUUCACACGACUUGUUUUCACUUCAGGCUUCCUGCUAGUCAUUGGAAUAUUCCAAAAUAAUAGACAGCAACCUUGUUUUAAGUGAAUUCUGACCCUUAGAUAGUAUCUUACCUAGUUUUCUUUAGAUUUGUAUCCCCUAAACACAUUUAUGUCUUGCAGACUAUAAAAACCUGCGCUAUAGAUCUACGGUGAGAUCAGUCUGCCCACUUGAUAUUGUCAUAAAAAAACUUUGUUUUAAAUGCUGUUACUUAGGUUUUAAAACAUUACACUCAGGUUUUCCAUAGGAUGAAGGUACAUCUGUCACAACAUUCCCGUGGCACUAUGUCUGUCUCUUAAGCCAAGUUACUUUUGGUGGCUGUGCUGGGACAAGACUGCAGGGCGUUAGUGGCAGAGCUGCUGGCCCACUACGUGGAGGAGUCCUCGUGCACCCACCGAGAUCACCAUUCCGGCAGCAAAUCUGUCCUGCCAAGCCCGAUACCUGGCUGUGGAAAUGGGAACCUUCAUGUCUACAUGGAGGACAGUACCUGAAAGGUGCCGGGGUACACAUCUCUGGAGAAGAUAAAUCCAGGUGACUGUCCUACACCAUUUUUUUGGGCUAGAGUUAAUGUAGAUUCAGUGACACUGGUAUAAAAGAAAUGUAUUUUUAAUAGGCAGUGGUGUUAGUUUUGCUAAACGCAGCGGGACAAGAAUAACAUCAUACUGUUCAGAUGCAAGGAACCAGACUGGUACACCAGAGGGUCUUGUUAAAGGGCACAGCACAGCGGAACAAUCAGACCUCAGCACAAGCAAUGGAAAACAGGAACUAGUUUCAGCUAACAUGCACCUGUACAACAGUCAAU